AUGAUUUCUCCCAAUUCAACAAAGUCAGGUACUACUCAUGUUAUUUCAUGCUAUGGAGCUACUCGAGGCAGCAGAACAUUAUCCCACACGGAGAUGGGGAUGGCCAUGCCCGUGCUGAUGCCGUCGGCCGUCGGUGAGAGCAUCACCGUCAACAACGGCUCCAGCGACCUCUCCAGGAGCUUCUCCAUGAGCUCCUCGGGUGACACCAACUCCAACAUCAUGUUCUUCACGCCCAGAAGCAAAAAAGCGAAGGUGCUCAUCGACAGCGACGAUGGCAUGGUCACCAGCCUCAGCAAAAUCGAAUCCCAAGUAGGACAAGCUUCACAUUUUGGCAUGUCAACCACGUCUUUAGACAUGUCCGACAUGGACGACUAUCUGCAGCUGCAGCAAUACUUCAUCGCCUACACAGUCUGCACCAAGCGUGGCUGCGCCACUCACCCACGAAGCAUCGCUGAGAGGAUUAGAAAGAAGAGCAAGGAAUAG